AUGUCUUCCAAAUCUGCUUCUCUCCCAAUCAUUGAUCUGACUCAACCUGACUCGCACAACUCGAAGGAAAUAACCGAGGCUGCUAUCAAAUGGGGCUUUGUCUAUAUCCGGAGUAAAGGCCUUGGCUUCGACAAGGCCUUUAUCAAUGGCGCUUUUGACACCGCUCGCAAAUUCUUCCGUAGCCCCCUCGAGGAGAAGCAAAGUGUUGCAUGUGGUUUGGAUUGCAACCCUGGCGGCAGCGGAUGGUCUGGUCCCGGUAGAGAGGUACUCGACCCGGAGCGACAGAAGAAGGGAGACUACAAGGAGGGUAUGACCUUCAACGAGUUCCCAGGCGGAAAGCCUGGGCAAAAGCUCCCGCCCGCUCUCGCGAAUGACCAAGACCAGAGCGCCCUGAUCGACUACCACAGCAAGUUCCGUGGCGUUUGCAUCAAAAUCCUCGAGCUGUUUGCAUUAGGAUUGGAUAUUCCCGAGGAAGAAGGCGGCAAAGACUGGUUCGUGGCCCGUCAUGACCCUGCCAAAGGUACCUCCGGCAGCAACCUACGGUUCUGCUAUUAUCCUACCUUUAGCGACGAACAGGCAAAGAAUUUUGACCCUCUUUCAACCCGCGCCUCCUCUCACACCGAUUUCGGCACCAUCACCAUCCUCUUCCAGCUGCCUAACCAACCUGGGCUCGAGGUUCUCAAUCCAGACAACGAAUGGCAGCCUGUCGCCAUAUAUCCGCCAGGAACCGAGGAUGAUGAGUUCCCUCCGAUUGUCAUGAACAUUGGUGACUUGCUAAGCUACUGGACGGAGGGGGUCAUGAAGAGCACAGUUCACCGCGUGUCGAUUGACCCCUCCGCUGAGAAUGAUCGAUAUUCCAUUGUAUACUUUAGCCACCCUGUUGGCAGCACCGAAUUAGUGACUAUCCCAAGCCCCAUAGUGCAGAGAAAUCUACAGACCAACGGGCCUGUGGAGAGGGCCACGACGGCAAAGGCGCACGUUCUUUCCAGGCUUGAAGAUGUGUUUGGAGCAGCACAUCAGAGAAUGGAGCCGAAGGUCGAGACAGUACAGCCUGUUUCAAUUGUGGUCUAA